AUGUCGACCUCAAGUGCCGCUAAUUCUGACUAUAUAUAUGAUCCAGCCGCCAUUGUCUUGAACUUAAAUCAAAGCCAAGAUGGAGAAGAUAGAAAAUAUACAUUGAUUGGUGAACCGACUGAUUCGAUGGUAGUAGCCGCCAGCGAUGAUGAUGUCGCCGGCUAUUUAAGAGGAUGGGAUUUGGCCAAUUAUAUCGAAACAUUCAGAACAAACAAUGUUACCCUGCACAGCCUUCCAUUUCUCAAAGAUGAUAAUAUGGUGAAAGAGCUUAUUUCCUCUAUAGGGCACAGAGCUACAUAUUUACCAUCACCGAACAUGAAACCAUCCAAAAGUAUGGAAAACACUGAUGAACGCACCUCGGAACUCAUGCACCACGACUCUUCUCAUCAAGACGCGAGAAAUGCUCUCCUCAAAUUAUGGAACGAAGAAAAUGAUGGUAAAGCAUUGCUGGCCGAGGAAAAGACUAGGGGCUGUCUCUCCAGGGACGAUCCACUUUGUGCAAGCUUAUUAUGAGAAGAGAACUGCAAGGUAACCCUACGAAAAGAAUAUCGGGGGACAGACUUCUGGCCACAAAUAUCGUGGUUAAAAUAG